AUGGCCGAAGUCGAAGGGGAUGAGAUUCGUUCUGCGGUGCCGUCGCUGCUUCAGCCAUCGUCUCGGAAUGGCUCCGGUGUCGGUUCGGCGGCUGGUACCGGAGGCCCGGCCGCGACCACGGUGACGUCAGGCCCGCGGCUGGUCCGGAUCGUCAAGUCGGAUUCGGGCUACGGCUUCAACGUCCGUGGGCAGGUCAGCGAAGGCGGCCAGCUUCGGAGCAUCAACGGCGAGCUGUACGCACCGCUGCAGCACGUCAGCGCCGUGCUGCCGGGCGGGGCGGCCGACCGGGCCGGCAUCUCGAAGGGGGACCGCAUCCUGGAGGUGAACGGAGUGAACGUUGAGGGGGCCACGCACAAGCAGGUGGUGGACCUGAUCCGAGCUGGCGAGCGCGAGCUGGUGCUGACGGUGCUGUCCGUCCCACAGCCUGAGGCUGAUAGCCUGGACCCAGGGGACGAUGGUAGUGCUCAGUCCUGCUACGAUUACAGUGACAAGCAGGCCGUGCCCAUCUCGGUGCCCACAUACAAGCACGUGGAGCAAAACACAGAGAAGUUCGUGGUGUACAAUGUGUACAUGGCGGGCAGGCAGCUGUGCUCCAAGCGCUACCGCGAAUUCGCCAUCCUACAUCAGAACCUGAAGAGGGAGUUCGCCAACUUCACCUUUCCCAAGCUCCCGGGCAAGUGGCCCUUCUCCCUGUCCGAGCAGCAGCUGGACGCCCGGCGCCGCGGCUUGGAGGAGUACCUGGAGAAAGUGUGCUCUGUUCGGGUUAUAGGGGAGAGUGACAUCAUGCAGGAGUUCCUGUCCGAAUCCGACGAAAACUAUAAUGGCGUAUCGGACGUGGAACUCCGCAUAGCCCUGCCCGACAAGACCACGGUCACAGUGCGCGUACGCAAGAACUCCACCACGGACCAGGUGUACCAGGCUGUGGUGAUGAAGGUCGGGAUGGACAGCACCACCGCCAGCUACUUCGCCCUGUUUGAAGUCAUUAACCACUCUUUUGCACGCAAGCUGGCCCCCAACGAAUUCCCCCAUAAGCUCUAUGUGCAGAACUACACCUCGGCUGUGCCUGGAACCUGCCUCACCCUGCGGAAGUGGCUCUUCACCACGGAGGAAGAGAUCCUGCUCAACGACAACGAGUUGGCUAUCAGCUACUGCUUCCACCAGGCUCUUGAUGAUGUGAAGAAGGGAUUCAUCAAGGCGGAUGAGAAAUCAUAUCAGCUGCAGAAGUUGGCUGAGCAACGUAAGAUGGCAAUGUACCUGAGCAUGCUGCGCUCAUGCGAAGGCUACAACGAGAUCGUCUUUCCCCACUGCGCGUGCGACUCCCGGCGCAAGGGCCAUGUGUUGACGGCCAUCAGCAUCUGCCACUUCAAGCUGCACGCCUGCACCGAGGAGGGCGCACUGGAGAAUCAGGUGAUCGCCUUUGAAUGGAGUGAGAUGCAGCGCUGGGACACGGACGAGGAGGGCAUGGCCUUCUGCUUUGAGUACGCCCGUGGAGAGAAGAAGCCACGCUGGGUCAAGAUCUUCACCCCAUACUUCAACUACAUGCACGAAUGUUUCGAGCGGGUCUUCUGUGAGCUCAAGUGGAGGAAAGAGGUUGAAGAGGAAGCCACUGACAAGGACAACAAAAACUGCAGUAAAGAUGAAUAUCUUCCAGCUGUUGAGGCACAGAAGGGAUGGCGGCACCUAGGGGGCGAGAUUGUCACCACCUAACCAGCACCUACCCCCCACCCCCAACCCCCCCGCACCCCCGUCCCUCCCCCUCCACACACAUGCUGGACAUCACAGCCAGAACCUACACACGACAGACAAGACGCACCACAGGAGACGCCGAAGACAAGCUCAUACAGACGACGACGACGACGAAAAGUCAAGCGACAGCUGCACGCACAUGCUCACACUGACACUCGGACCUGAACUCGGAGCUCGCUCAGUGGAGCUGGACGUCGUCUAUGGUUUAAAUAUAUAGUGAAUUAAUGUCCAUACAUCGCAUCGCAUCAUGGGGUAGGACUCUGAGAGGCAUGGAGUGCGGCCACCGCUGGGGGAUUCCACAUGGAGCCAAUGGGCAAGGAGUCCUGGAACCGCCGCAGGAUUGGUUAGCGAUAAUGGCCCGCCCCCGUAAACCAGUCACCUGACACGCGAUGAGUCUGCACCGGCCUUCGAGUCACAAGGAGAAGUGAAACACUGGAAAUGCUCACCGCCGGAGCAGAACAUUCGGGGGGAGGGUGCAGAUUUCACAUGCUCGAUAAGAGGAAGGACUCGCUCAGUAAAAUUAAAUAAGAUGACGGAAUGAAAGGGGGGGGGGGGGGGGGUGGGGGUUGUGAUCAUGGUUGUAACUGCCGGAAAACUGACUAAUGUUCAUUCUCUCCAACUAACUCCAGACAAGUCCUAAAGGGGGAGAGGUACAUCUGCUUACCUCACUGUCUCACACAAGAUGCUUCACGUGUUUGUAGGUUUAGCUAAAAUGUAAAUUGAUAUGUGGGAGCAGGACUGAGGGGAGAGCAGCGGGGGGAGGAAUACGUUACUGUCUUCAUUGCUGAGCUGUGUCCCGGUUUGUCCGCUCGGAAGCUGCAUGGUAAAGGUUAGUGGCGCUAGAAGCUCAUUUUAAAACUACCGGUGGCAGGUUUUCAGGGGCUCUGACAUGCGCUUGGGGGGGCUUCAUUCACUCAAGCUGUUUCUGCUUUAACAUCAUUUGUACUCAAAAGCAUUUAGUCACUUUUCCCUGCCGUCCUGUGCCCGCCUGGGAAGUCGUCUUCGCUGCGAUCCGGUAUACCGUGCCACUUGCUGUCUUCAUAAACAUGGCCGAUGUAAGUUCUAGUGCUUGUGAGACUCUCGGCUGUGGUCAGUUGAUGAGUCGGAGCUGCUUUUGUACUAAUUUGUACUAAGGAUAAGCGUAUAAUGUCUGUCUUCUGGAUGGAGUGUUCCAUUUUUGUGAAUGAGGUGUAAUACCUCUGGUGGGCAGCAGAGGGCUGUACAGAAUGGGCUUUGCGCUGAUACCGCUCAGCCUAAGUGUUUUGAAGCAGCAGUGUGGAUGCUUGGCACGUGUGUAGGCAUUUGUGGCCUCCCCUUGACAGUGUGCCGGUGAUGGAAGGUGGACGGGGGUGGCCACAGAGGACAGAUGUUUGGUUAGGCAGUCAAACGGGGGGACGGGGACGUGGCAGGCGGUCCUGAAAGGCCCCCAUUCUCUCUCUCUCUCAGGAUGCUCUGUCAAGGCCACUUCCAGCCCCAUUAUAUGAACUGUUGUACUAGAACUCUGUACAUAAGCAGGACAUUGGUAGUGCACCAUUUGAAGGCUUUUCAUUUCCUGUUCCUACUGAGUUCAUCACAGGAGCCAUUUUUGAACUUUUUUUUUAAAAAAAAAAGACACCCAACAGAUGAGGCUGCUUGUAACACCUUCAAGAGCCCCCCCUCCCCGUCACAAGGUGUGUUGGUGCGUCACCUUCUCGUGGCUUCGAGAAGGUCCUCUCAGUCUAUACCUGUGUGCUUGAAUAAUCCCAGUUAAUCAUUUUAAGUGGUUUUCAGACAUAGUAAGCUACCCUGGCAUAAGUUUGCCCCCCUGCCCCUUCAAAGGUGCUUAGCACUUCUGCAUUUCCUACUUGCCCGCUCUCUCUCAAGGCAUCCAUGUAGUAAACAGCCGCUCAUUGUAUAACCCCUCACGAGGUUUAUCGUCAUGGCAACGGGAAGUGGCCAUACACGUCCAGUGUUAAGUGUUUGCUGGCUCCUCAGUUCUCUGACCACAGCUGCACAUGUAUAGGCCGUUUCUCAGAGGCGGCCAGCGAUUCUCAGUAUUAGGGCAGCACCGCCUCCUGAAAUAGUGACUCAGAUGAUUAAUACUGUCGUUCAUCAAAUCCUCCCCUUUGACCAGUCCGUUGUGUAGACCGAGCAUUCUUGGGAGUACGUAGGUUUAUGUCAGUGUUGGUCCUUAACCACCAUUGAGAAUUCAGUGCUGUUCUGUGAAUGUUGUCUUGUUAGCCGAACGGGCCGCCCCACAGAGGGGGCUUCCUGUGAUGGCGAGCGUGCAGGGGCCUCAGUGUGUUCAUGUUCCCGUGAGUGCGUCUGUGUUCGGUGUGAUGCUGGGAUCACAGGCACGUCGCCGGCCCUCCUUCCGCCCGCCUGUCCCAAUGCCCUCGCUCUCCCACUCUGAACGCCAAGUCUUUUAAUUUAUUUCCGUCACAUAAAAAGAAAAUGGAAAAUCCUUAUUGUACAGUAUUUUCACCAGGUGGUUUUUGGGGAAAUCUUUUAAAACGAGAACUAAAAUGAUGCAAAAAUGCGUUAAACAAAGGAAAAUAAUUUUUAAAAAAUUGCUUUAACUGUAGAGUAAAAUCGAGAACUAAAACAGGGGAAAGUAAGCUGAAGGCUAACAUGGUUUAAAAACCUGAAAAAGUUUGGUAAUGUCACUUAGUGUAAUAAAUUGUAACAUAUUCUUUUAAAUAAAUUGAUUUAUUGAUGCAAAGCAA